GCGUGGAGAAUGGACUCGCAAAUCUAAGCGCUAACAGCCCCCAAAGGCUUUUCCUUUUUGCUGCAAAAAUUGCAUAAAUCAUGGCGAAUGGUCAAUCUUUAGAUUUAUAUCAGAUGGGGUACAAGGUUUUGGUAAUAUUUUGAUUUCCCGGUAUGAAACAAUGGGCCAGGCUUUAGGUAUACCUGAUAGUGGGCGACUAAUGCAAAGAGAUCCACCUCCAGUCAUCGAUCCUAAUGAACCACUGGACAAGCUUCUACUGAACAAAAGAUUCCGUCAGUCUUUUAUGGCUUUUGCUGACAGUUGUUUGGCUGGGGAGAGUGUUCAUUUCUAUAGCGAGGUGCAUGAACGUGGCAAAAUCCCUAUAGAUGACACAGUAAGAAGGAUCUAUAUGGCACGGCAUAUUAUUGAGAAAUAUAUAGUAGCAGGUGCAGCGAUGGAGGUAAACAUAUCUCACCGAACGCGACACGAAAUAUUGACUACCAUUGAUCUAGCACACCCUGAUCUUUUUAAUAAGGCAAUAAAGGAGUUGCUGCAGCUAAUGAAAAUGAAUUUGGCAAAAGAUUACUGGUCAUCCAUGUUUUUUAUCAAAUUCAAAGAAGAAGCCAGUACGAGAUCGAGUGACCAUGACCUGGAACAGAUGGCAGGUUGGAACUUCUCUCCUAGAUUAAGUUCCGUGCAUGGUACUGAUGAUCCAUUCCAUCAAGAACAUCUUGUGAAGGGCGCUGGUUGCAUUAAUAAUGAUUUGGACGAUGCAACAAGCCAAGAAUUGUGAAUAUUGUGCUUCUUUAUAGCAAAUUUGAUUCAGGGAAUGAGUACGGCAUACCAAGUGUAACAAGUGAUGCAAUUCAUAGUGAACCAUCAACGUAUGAUGAUUCAGAACAUGAUGAAUGCACACAAAAUUAGAAGUGAAAAAGAAAGGAUGAGUAGAGAAAGGAGGUGAACUCAGCUGCCUGUUAAGGUUGGAAGUUAAUGCGUUUAUAGCAUUUAUACAGACGCAAGAGUAAUUGCUCAAUGUAUCUAUCUCUGGUGUUGAGGGAAAAAUGUGCAUUAUUGUUUAACCAAUAUUAGCAAACUAUUUUGUUAGUGAUAAGGCCAUCUACCCAGCCUGACCUCAAUGAUUUAGUCUGGAUAGGGACACUUGAAAGUAACCCACCUCCCAAGGUUUUUCAUGUGGCCCAGUGAAAAAUGCUAGAUAGCAACAAGAGCCCAGGUGGAAGAGAAGUCUUGUUUUUUUGGAAAAUGUUGCUUUUAAGUUUAGCAUUUUGAUUGCAGCAGCUUCCUUGAUCCGUCCAGGUCAUGUUCAGUGUUGGUGCUGCCAUCCUUAAAUAUCAGAGGGUAAAUAGCUAUUC